CAAGGAGCUCUAUUUUCUCCCGCACAGUACGCCUACAAAUUGCCGUCCAUGGACGGCCAAAAUUCCCCAUAUUCGUCUGUACUCCCUUAUCUCUCUGGCUUAUUAUUUCUUCCUUUUUCCCUUCUUCUACUUCUUCUUGCUCUCUGCUUUGCGCUGCUCUGCUCCAACCCAUCACUCAAAUCACCAGCUCAAAGAAAACCAAGACUGGUCUAGACCCAAAAGCCAAUGGGCUGUGUUCAGGCCAAGCCUCUCACGAAUUCCACACCUGGGGGCUUAGAGAAGCUGAAACUGGAAAAUGGGUAUGUGGGAAAUGGCGGGGUUAAUGCUCACAGAAGAUCAACAGGCCAACCACAAAGGGACUCUCUUAAGCAGCAUAGGCAUGAACCCAUAAUUUCAAAUGCUGAGCCUGGUAGUAGAAAUGAAAAAGCAGGAGAUGAAUGGGUGGUGUUAACUGGUAGUGAUGUAGAUAAAGAUGAUGGGCAUGUUUCUCAUAAAGUUUCUGUUGAUGAGGAGGAGUUGGUGGAUGGGUGGCCUAAAUGGCUCACUGACAAUAUUUCAAGAGAGAUUUUGGCUGGCUUGGUUCCCAAGAGUGCUGACUCUUAUGACAAGCUGGACAAGGUGGGCGAAGGAACAUACAGCAAUGUGUAUAAGGCUCGAGAUAGGGACACUGGAAAAAUUGUGGCCUUAAAGAAGGUUCGGUUUGAUACAUCAGAACCCGAGAGUGUUAAGUUUAUGGCUCGGGAGAUUAUGUUUUUACGGAAAUUAGAUCAUCCCAAUGUGGUUAAGCUUGAAGGAUUGGCCACGUCAAGAAUGCAGUACAGCCUCUAUCUUGUUUUUGAUUUCAUGCGGUCAGAUUUGGCAAGAAUUAUUUCCAGCCCUGAAGGGCUUACUGAACCACAGGUCAAGUGCUAUAUGCAUCAACUACUUUCAGGUCUGCAGCACUGCCAUGAGAGGGGAAUUAUACAUCGAGACAUCAAAGGAUCAAACCUAUUGAUAGAUAAAAAUGGAAUGCUGAAAAUUGCAGAUUUUGGGCUCGCAAAUUAUUAUGUUCAAGAUCCUAAGCGCCCUCUCACAAACCGAGUUGUGACACUUUGGUACAGAGCUCCUGAGCUGUUGUUAGGUUCUACAGAUUAUGGAGUUGGCAUUGAUCUUUGGAGUGCUGGUUGCGUCUUGGCUGAAAUGUUUACAGGGAGACCACUUCUGCCUGGUAGAACAGAGGUUGAGCAACUUCAUAGGAUUUUCAGGCUUUGUGGUACACCAUCAGAGGAAUACUGGAAAAGACUAAAGCUGUCUACAACUUUUAGACCUCCACGUUCAUACAAACCCAGUCUUCAAGAAGCUUUCAAGGAUUUCCCUUUUUCUUCUUUGAGUCUGUUGAGCACUCUCCUUGCUUUAGAUCCUGCCUAUCGUGGCUCUGCGUCUUCGGCUCUCAGAAAUGAAUGCUCAUGUGACGCACGAAUUAAGUGGUGAAUAUUGUAUACUAAAAAGUACGUCUGCUUACAGUUCUUUUUCGCAAGCCCCUUGGCAUGUGACCUUUCUGGUCUACCUGCAAUCUACA